AUGCAGACCAUCUAUUAUUCCUUCCAAUGGCCAUAUAAUUUGAUUCAGCGAACUCCUCAAACUGUGUCAGUAUUUGGAUCCUUUGAUAAUUGGGUAAAGCAGCAUCCUAUGUCGUUAAAUGAAGACGCUAGAAAAUAUGAAGUAGUGAUCCCUUUGCAUUAUAAGACUGAACGAAUCCAUUUCAAAUAUAUUGUUGAUGGUAAAUGGACUACGAGUGAUAUUUAUCCGACAGAUCUGGACGAGCACGGAAAUAAGAACAAUUAUAUCACUAAAGAACAAGCUUUACAGGACGGUAAGACCAAGAAGAUCAAAGUGGCGCGUAAGUAUAGGAGAAACAAAGAGACCGGAGAGAAAGUGUUGCUCUCCAAGGAACUUUUAGAAUUGGAUGCUAAUGAUAAGUUGGUGAGAGUCAUUGAAACUAUCGAUUACCCAAGUCGUGAUGCUAGUGAGAACAACAGUAUGCAUGAAGAAGGAACGAUCACACCAGAUAUCAUUGAAGAGAUGAAACCGUCAUUAUUUGAAAUAAAAGAGGACACAGACUCCACUGAUAAGGUGGCAGACGAUAAUUGA